AUGGAAGAUCAUCAGGGCCAGCAUGAGCCUAAUAGUCCAAGCCAAGGCUCUGAGAGGAGUGAACCUGUGAGAUCAAGAUGGACACCAAAACCAGAACAAAUCCUCAUACUUGAGUCCAUCUUCAACAGUGGAAUGGUGAAUCCCCCAAAAGAUGAAACCGUCAGAAUAAGAAAGCUUCUUGAGAAAUUUGGAACCGUUGGUGAUGCCAACGUUUUCUAUUGGUUCCAGAACCGCCGCUCCCGUUCCCGCCGCCGCCAACGGCAGUUACAGGCCAGCCUUGAGGCAAGAAACCCCAUGAAGCCUCAACUUGGCGGUGCAAAUCAAUAUCAACAACAACAUCAUCAUCAUCAUCAUCAUCAUCAUCAAACCAUGAACUCUGCUGCUACUGUUUCAACCAUGGGUUUUGGUGCUUCAUCUUUCACUAAUUCUCCUUCAUCUUUUCUCUCUGGUUCCUCUUCUUCAUCAUGUGGUGUUGGCCAAGAAGGCUUAUUGGGUGGUUUUUUCUCAGCCUCUACUCAAAUGGGGUUCCCUGAAAUUGAUCACACUUUAGCAUCAUCUUCAUCAGUUUUGUACACUUCUGAUGCUCCAAAUUUGAACUACCACCACUCUGGAUUUGGGGGCACAAAUAUUUCAGGAUUCAUCACAGUGUUUAUCAAUGGGGUUGCAACAGAAGUUCCAAGGGGCCCAAUUGACAUCAAAACAGUGUUUGGUGAAGAUGUAAUGAUAGUUCAUUCCUCUGGAGUGUCAGUUCCUACCAAUGAGUUUGGUUUCUUGAUGCAAAGCUUGCAGCAUGGUGAAAGCUACUUUCUGGUUUCAAAGCAAACACAAGUUUGA